AUGUCAGUCUUCCAUAAUUCUACUUCUACUUUCCUCCUGACGGGAAUCCCUGGACUUGAAUGGGCCCAUGCCUGGAUUUCCAUCCCUUUCUGCUGCCUCUAUUUAACUGCACUUUCUGGGAACACCUUGAUCCUAUUUGUAGUCCUCACUGAGCCCAGCCUCCAUGAGCCUAUGUAUUAUUUCCUCUCCAUGUUGUCCACCACUGACAUUGGCUUAAGCGUUUCUACACUGGUGACAGUGCUGGGAAUAUUCUGGCUCAAUGUCCGAGAGAUCAGCUUUAAUGCUUGUUUAUCCCAGAUGUUUUUCAUUCACCUCUUCACUUUUAUGGAAUCUUCAGUGCUCCUGGCUAUGGCCUUUGAUCGUUUUGUCGCAAUUUCUAAUCCUUUAAGAUAUGCUACCAUUCUAACUCAUGCAAGGAUUGCACAGAUUGGUUUGGCAGUCGCUACCAGGGGGACUGUCAUUUUGACACCACUAGUCCUCCUUCUUAAGCGUCUGUCCUUCUGCCACAACCAUGUGCUCCGCCAUUCCUACUGCUUCCACCCUGAUGUGAUGAAGCUCUCGUGUUCAGACACAAAGAUCAACAGUGCCUUUGGACUAACUGUAAUCAUCUCUACUGCUGGAGUGGACUCCUUCUUUAUCCUGCUCUCCUAUGUCCUGAUCAUCCGCUCAGUGCUCAGAAUUGCAUCCCCUGUGGAGAGGAAGAAAGCCUUCAGCACCUGCAUCUCUCAUCUCUGUGCCGUGGCCAUUUUCUACAUCCCAUUGAUCAGUUUGUCUUUUGUUCACAGAUUCGGAAAACAUGCCCCACCUUUUGUGCCCACCCUCAUUGCUAAUGUGUACUUGCUCAUCCCACCUGUGAUGAAUCCCAUCAUCUACAGUGUGAAAACUAAGCAGAUUCAGAAAGCUGUGCUCAAGCUUGUAUGUUCCAAGGGAACUCAUAUUUAA